ACAGCCUCAAACUGCUUAGAAUCCUUCGAGCCUGAGUCAGUGUCGAACCCUCAUAAUCCGUGAGCAGCAAAAUAUAUAGGUGGCAACUGGUGACCUGCUGUAAUUUAGCACUGGGUCGAGCACUGCAUGUAGUAAUUUGAUUGACCAUGUCUGGACUGGAAAGAGCGAGCGAUCUGAUUAUAGUUUGAUUACUUUAGACUUUCGUUUCGCUUACGCACGAUUCGUCUCAGGUGGCAUGAAGGCUGUUCACGUGCCGUAAAAGAGCACAGUGAUGAUCCCUGCAAGGCUCUUCAGGAGUUCCCUCAGCACUGUGUUCCGAGAACUAGCUCGAGGUAGAAAAUUGGGAAUCAGAGGCGCUUCAGGAAUGACUGAAGGUUAUAAGAAGGCCAGUAUUGUAAUACUGCACAGAGAUCUUGCUGAUGACUUUGAAGCUUUUUGCCAUGCCAACAGUGGCCCCUUGCCUUUGUUAUACAGAAGCCAGCCAGGAGAGCUGACAUGCCCUGUACUGACCCAUGCAUCAGAUGUUAGAACCCUCUACCCUGAGUAUUUUAAGUACGAGCAAGGGAACCUCACUAGCAGGUUGCCUAGUCUACUGGACUACUCUGAAGAGUUGGCCAACAUGGUGACAUUCUACCUGGGCACAGCCAUGUCGGACCACCAAAAACUUCAGAGGGCUGAAGUCCCUCCAAGGCCUGGAGAUAAGAAACAUGCUGUAAGCAUUUACAAGACCUCUGUGCCUUGCUGUGGGGUAGGCAACUUCCAGUGUGAUCUGAGGGUGUUCAUGAAGCCCAUGCCAGAGAGGAAUCUGGACACACACUUAAACCACAGCCUCCAUGGAGUUCCAGUGCACAUCGGACACCCAGGCCUGAUUGGGGUGGAGGACUUGCGCAGGCCUGACAAUGGGGACGCAAUGGAGGUGCAGCCGGGGGACGUGCCCGUGUUCUGGGCCUGUGGGACAACAGGAGCAGAGGCUGUGCGGAGCAGUAAGACGCCGCUGUCGUUCACCUGCUCCACAGAUCUCAGCAGCUACGAAGACGGGGCCUCUCCUCUUGCCCGGAGCCUUGCCCCUUCUGAGACCCCCCUUGCCUUCUGCAUCUCCCAGCAGCCCCUGCACUACAGCUUGGCAUCAGCUGCUGCUGUCCAGCGCAUCAGAGCCUUGGAGACCCACAUCGGGGCCGACCCAGGAGAAAGAGGGAUUAAGGCUCUGCUCGUCCCUGAAGAGCUCCUCAAGGCCAGCCUAUCCCUGUCUCAUGCAGCCUCUGUCCUCAUCACCACUGGCUUUCCAACUCAUUUCACCCACAACCCUCCAGAAGAGAACGACGGGCCCCCUGGGGCCAUUGCUAUGGCAGCCAUGCUUCAAGCCCUUAACAAACGGGUCACGAUCGUAACGGACCACCGCGCCUUGGACAUGAACCGAAAGAUCAUAGAAGAUGCGGUUGAGCAAGGCAUUUUAAAGACUCCAGUUCCAGUGCUCAGCUUCCAAAACUCAGGUGCAGAUUCAGUCUUGGGGUUCCUCUGUCACAAUGGAGAUCCUGUGAAACCCAGGUAUGACCACUUGGUGGCAAUAGAGCGUGCCGGCAUGGCUGCAGAUGGGAACUACUACAACGCCAGGAAAGUGAAUAUAAAACACCUGGUGGAUCCCAUUGACAUUCUGUUUACAACUGCCAGCUCCAUCCCAGGAAUCACCACCACAGGGAUUGGCGACGGAGGCAAUGAACUGGGAAUGGGGAAGGUGAGAGAGGCAGUGAGGAAGCACGUGCCAAAUGGGGAGCUGAUCGCCUGUGAUGUUGCUGCAGACUUCGCCAUUACCGCAGGAGGAGAAGAUCCUGGAGAUCCUGGUGAAGUACGGCAUUCGGAGUGGGAGAACAGGGACUCUUGGGAUGGAAGUGGACGGUUUGCCUUUCCACAGUAUUCACUCUGCAAUGAUCCAGCGACUGAUCGACAUGACCCUGCAUCAGGCUGCUCUCUAACAGCCCCGGGACCCGCUGCAGCACAACUCUUUCCAAUCAAGAGACAACUGGCAUCCCUGCCAACCUACCUUGACAACAGAAUAGAGCUGGUCACAUAUUAAUUGUCAUCAGUAGGCCUACAGUAGGUGACUGAAGAGGGAACAGUCAGGUAAGUGGUUCACAACACUGCUUUGUCAGGAGCUACUGAAAAUAUCGUCUGCUUUCUGAAACAGCCCUCACACAAACAUAAUUAAAAUGAGGAUAGGUUUUUUGCAUGAGACUUACUGGAAUUGGUAUUGGAGGGGGAGGGAGGGUUUGCAAAUUUCAAUAUUGUCAUGGGAAAUUAGGACUAAAGCUGACAUGCAGGAGAAAAAAACAAUGCAAAGCUUUAAUGAGGACCUGAAGAUUUGUUUGAUUUAUGUGAAAUGUGUACAUUUCUUUAAAACAGCAGCAGAUGGCUGGGAUUCUGCAUAUCUUACGAUAGUUACUGUAUUCUUGGUAAAACUUUUCUUCAGGCUUUUCUUUCCAAUUAUAUAAUUCAGUGGCAAAAAUGAGCAUUGAAAGAUUGUGCUGUACUAUAAAAACAGCACAAUUUCAAUAGAUCAAAUUUUACUAUUCAAUUUACCUGCAGAGUAUCUCUCACUCAAGAGGUUCGAUCAUGCUAUGGACCUGUAUGGGCUGCAGCAAUGUGGUUUCUCAGUAUAAGCAGGGAAGAGAACAGCUGACUUCUACAGCAGAAGUUGGAAAGAGAACAGCUGUCUUCUACAGUUUGUCUAAAAAAAAAAGCUGUCUGCUCCAUAAAAUGUAAGUGCAUUUGAAAUUAAUUGUAGUGAAUCACAGCAGGAAAAGUAUUACAAAAAACAUGGUAAAUCAAAACAGUUUUAUUUUUUUCUUAUAAAAAAAGCUUUAAGUUAAAUUAGAUCGGUCAGAAAAGAGUCCAACAGAUGUUUGGAGUUCUGCUCUUAACCAAUGGUCCUGUAUACAUUUAUAUAACUUUGCUUAUCCCCUGAAUGAAAAAAAAAGAUAUGUAACAAAAUGUAAAUAUACCAUGUUCACAGUAAUAAAUAUUCCAAACCUU